AGAGCUACUUCACUCAUCUAAGAACAAAACUCAUGUUAGAUUUAACAUACAAUUAAUUAUCGCAAUUAAAUGUUCCCUAAUAAAGAAAAUGUCGCCAUUAAAUGAGAAUUAAUAAUUGAUUAAUCAAACCUUCUCAUUUAUUGAAAUCCCCACAGUUUUCCCCUUCGUCACUUCCACUCUCUCUCUCUCUCUCUCACACACACACACACAGCUCCAAUCACUCAUUUUCACACUGUGAAUUAAAGAACGACCCAAUACGAGUAGGGUUUUGAAGAAUAAAGCUGAUUCACCUCCACUGCGUGUUUCGUGCUUGUCACUAUGAGAAAGUGUGGAGCAAGAUGAAAUGGGCGUGGCUAACAAGGCCUGGAGGUGCGGCGGCGGCGUUCUGGUGAAUAAUCUGGCGGCUGAGAUUUUGCAGCAGCAGAAACAGAAGCAGAAGCUGCAGCAGUUGCCGCGGAAUCAUCAUUAUUGGACCUAUCUGCCCCUGAGGCGGCGGCAGGCGGUGCCAUGGACGGUCGUGUGCGGGCUGUUGCUCUUCGCCGUCGGUCUCAUCUCUCUCUUCACGGGCCACGUCGCGUCUGAUCUGGAGUGGUACUCCAAUCGCUUCGUCAAACGGACUUGGUACUACAAGAGGGAUAGAAGUUAUCAGGUUCCAGUUGAUAUAUGGAAAUCCAAGUUUUCAAACUUUUAUUAUGGUUGCAGUGAAAGAGGCCCCCGUUUUGCACCUCCUGUACGCGAACGGUUUUCAAAUGGAUACUUACUUAUUGCAACUAGUGGGGGUCUGAACCAACAAAGAACAGGAAUAACUGAUGCUGUAGUUGUUGCAAAGAUUUUAAACGCUACUUUGGUUGUGCCAGAGUUGGAUCAUCAUUCGUUCUGGAAGGAUGAAAGUGAUUUUGCCAACAUUUUUGAUGUUGAUUGGUUCAUCUCUUUCCUUGCGAAGGAUGUACCUAUUGUGAAAAGAGUUCCGGAAAAGGUGAUGAGGUCAAUGGAUAAACCACCGUAUACCAUGCGCGUUCCUCGAAAAUCAGAACCUGACUACUAUCUGGAGCAAGUAUUGCCUAUUCUAUUGAGGAGACGUGUUCUUCAGUUGACAAAGUUCGAUUACAGGCUUUCUAACGACCUUGAUGAAGAGCUACAGAAAUUACGUUGCCGGGUUAACUAUCAUGCAUUAAGAUUUACUAAACCUUUAAGGAAUUUAGGCCAGAAGGUUGUCACACGCAUGCGGAAAAUGACGAAACGUUUUAUAGCUGUUCACUUGAGGUUUGAACCUGAUAUGCUUGCAUUUUCUGGGUGUUACUAUGGUGGAGGUGAUAAAGAAAGAUACGAACUGAGUGAGAUAAGAAAGCGAUGGGAGACGUUACCUGAAUUAAGCCCAGAUGAAGAGCGAACACGAGGGAAGUGCCCUUUGACCCCUCAUGAGGUGGGAUUAUUGCUGCGGGGCCUUGACUUUGAUAAUAACACUUAUCUAUAUGUUGCAUCUGGAGAAAUAUAUGGUGGAGAAGAAACUUUGAGGCCGCUUAAAGAACUGUUUCCAAAUUUCUAUACAAAGGAGAUGCUGGCCAGUGAAGAGUUGAAAACACUUCUUCCAUUUUCUUCUCGAUUGGCUGCCAUUGACUACACUGUCUGUGAUGAAAGUGAUGUCUUUGUCACCAAUAACAAUGGGAAUAUGGCAAAAAUCCUAGCUGGUCGAAGGAGGUACAUGGGUCACAAGAGAACAAUCAGACCUAAUGCCAAAAGGCUUAGCGCUCUCUUUGCUGCACGAGACAAAAUGGACUGGAGUUCUUUCUCAAGAAAAGUGAAACUAUGCCAAAGGGGAUUUAUGGGAGAACCCGAAGAGAUGAGACCCGGAAGAGGAGAGUUUCAUGAAUUCCCAUCUACUUGCAUCUGCCAGAAACCAUCCAAAUAUCUUGCUGCAAUGAAAGAUGGAACUAGUUUUCUCAAUGUUUCCACAGAUGAUGCUGCAGAUGAUAACAACAUCGGCAGAAGACGUGAAACUGUGCAGCAGCAGAAAUAACACCAUUUUUCUGUCUAAGCAGAGCUUGUUCAUCGACAUUUUUCUGACCCCCCAACUUGAUCGUCACCGGUGUCAUGCAACCUGUGCCCGGUGCUGCAAGGCAGAAACAACAUUGAUGCUGCAACCUAUGUAAGAAUCAGUAAACACUGUUGGGAUUCAUGUAAAGCUCACCUGUAGCAUGUGACCUUCAACUAAUUGUCCAUAUAUAUUUAUAUAUAUCUAUAUAUAGGCUGUGCUCUCUUUUUUUUUCAA